GAACGUUUACUUCAAUUUUACUGUUAAGAAAUGUCCAGAUAUUUUCUUGCCUAUAGGCCUAAUUUAUGCUCCAUCUAUAAUUUUAAGCAUUGCUAAAAAUGACAAAAGAAGUAGACUAUUACUGAGAGUGACAUUGUUUUACCCUAUUAUAUUCAAGGUCUCAGUAGUUAGGUUUGUACUUGGGUGUUUCUUCUGGCCUUUCUGCAUUUUGGUGAGGUCUAAAUACGCCUCCCCCUGCUGGAAAUUCACAUGGAUAACAACCUUCAGGUCAAUCUACAGGAUGCCAAGAUCUUAAUCCAGAAACAACAGCUGGUGAAGAUCAGCAGAUGCUUCCCAGCUCCAACUGCAUGAAUGUUGUGUUUUCUUCCACUUGGAAAUAAUGCGCUGCGUUUGAAUUGAUCAUAAUUCGCAGUAACUCGUUGGUCUACUGUGGAGGUUUUUGGAGCUGCUCAUAAACAACAGGCUGAUAACAGUCUGUAGGUGUUGCAAAAGUGGAUCUUGGGCCAGCUGUUCCUUCCUGUGACGUGAGCUGCGUUUUUUUUUCUACCGCUAAAAAACGAGGAAACGCGGCUGUCACUUAUAUUGCUAAUUUGGGGGGGGAUUCGACUAAAAAACACGGGGUAUUAUUACUGUUGUUGUUUUGGAUGGAAACAUCCUACUAAUCAUCAACACCAGCGAAGUUUAGUACGGUCCCUUAAAAGUGGAUGGGUGAGAUUUCGGUACUUUGUUUCUCUUUAUCCGCAUUUAUUCCGACAUUGCUGAGAAAUAACAAAGCAGUAGGCAUAUGCAACUUGUAGCGACUUUUCGGAUCCGGACUUCUUAAUUUAAAUUUUACAUUAAGUCUGAUCGGUAACAUGUCGGCUCAGUGUAAGUCCAGCGUUGAUUUUUGUAGUAUCCCUCUGAUCGCCCUGAAUUUCGGCGUAAGGAAAAGGGUCGGGCUUUACUUAAAUCCCAGAAACGCCGUAGCUGCGGACUGGACAGCCCUGGCCGAGGCUAUGGGCUUCAGCUACCUGGAGAUUAAAAACUACGAGAAAUGCGAGAACCCCACCAUGAGUGUUCUGGAGCACUGGCAGGCCAAGGGAUCGGAGGCCAGCGUUGGGAGGCUGCUGUCGAUACUGGAAGAAGCGGAAAGAAAGGACGUUAUUACAGACCUUUUUUCCGCGAUCGAAAAGGAUUGUUUAGAGUACCUGAAGAAGGCAAGUGAGGCCCCAGUACAAGUACCGGAGGUGGACAGCUGUGAACCCCGCACGGCGGAGAAAAGGGGCAUCACCAUACGAGACGAUCCGCAGGGCGUCUCGCCCGAGAUGUUUGAUGCCUUCAUCUGCUACUGCCAGAGUGACUUCAGUUUUGUCUGUGAGAUGAUAAACCAGCUGGAGCAUACAGAAUGCAGGCUGAAGCUGUGUGUGUUUGACCGCGACGUCCUGCCUGGCACCUGUGUCUGGACCAUUACCAGCGAGCUCAUAGAGAAGAGGUGUAAGAGGAUGGUGGUGGUGAUCUCGGACGAUUAUCUGGAAAGUGAUGCCUGUGACUUCCAAACCAAGUUUGCUCUGAGCCUCUCUCCAGGAGCACGGAGCAAGCGGCUGAUCCCAGUUGUGUACAAACCCAUGAAGAAGCCCUUCCCAAGCAUCCUACGGUUCCUAACCCUGUGCGACUACACCAGGCCGUGCACUCAAGCCUGGUUCUGGAUCCGUCUGGCCAAAGCUCUGUCACUGCCAUAAUGUCAUAGCAGCGAAAAUGAAGAUACUGUUGGCUCCUGUGGCCCAAGGUAGUUGUUCCAUUUCAAGUCACGUGACUUUACACAUAAGACCUUCCCAGCAUCCUUUGCAAACCAAAUACAGAAAGAAUGUAGCACAACCAUUCAUUACAUUUCUGAAUUACAUUGUUUGACUUUCUGGUUUGAACAUUGAUUGCUGAAUUGUUUACAACAACUCCGAGCUAUUAGUUAAGUUCUCCCCAAACGAGCUUGAUGAGCCAAAUGGCCUCCUCUCAUUUGUAAAUUUGCCUCGAGCAAAGGAGACUAAGGGGGGACAUAAUCCAGAUAUACAGUAUAAGAUUCUAAUGUAUCUGGAUGCUGUACAGCCAAAUGGCUGCUUCACUUUUAGUUUAAAUACUAGAACUUGUGGCCAUAGGUGGAAAUUAGCGGGAGACCAUUUUAAAAUGAAUUUGAGGAAGUACUUCUCAAAGUGUAGUCAGAGUAUGGAAUAGUCUUCCCGUUAGUGUAGCGCGAGCUAAAACCCUGGGUUCCUUUAAAUCGGAGCUAGAUUUAAGAUUUUUUUAAAAAUAAAAUUAAGUUACUCUUUGACAUUAAGCUUUCUAAGUGUUUGUCAGUUAUACGAUACAUGCCAUAUCUGUUCAUAGUGUAACUAAACGUUUGUCGUAGUGUGCCUUCAAUUGAAACCGUGAAAACAAUAUCAGUUCUCCUUGCAAUUUGGUUGCAUUUCCUAAAAUUUGUGCAAAUCGACAUGCACAGAUUAAGAAGUGGUGUUUGAAAUAGAACCAGACGUUUUCACUUUCACCCUCUGAUUGUAGUUUGCAGUUUUUUGUGUAGUUCCUCAGAAGUCAGAAAAAAAGAGUUUUCCUUAUGGUUACAUGUCUACCACUUCAGUGACAGAUUUUGCAAUAUUUCAUAUGACUUAUGACCUAUUUUUCAGUGCAGGUAUAAUGUACAAUGUUUUUUCCUAUAAAGUUCAGAAUUCAAAAUGUCAGUAUCUCAUGAGAAGAAGCCAAACUAAUAUUUAUUUAGUAUACUAAUUGUUUCAGUAAUUACUUGGUGUACCAGCACAAAUUAACUUGACAAUCCAAGAAACAUAUACAUUAAGUCAAAAACUAAUUUAGUGAAUAAAUAUACUACAGUCACAGGUCACUGGGUGAAGCAGUCUUCUGAAGUGAAAUUUGAGCGCUUUGGAGUUGAACUUGAAAGAGUGUUGAAAUUCUGUGUAUGUUCUGUUUAAUUUAGUUAUCUUUGUGUUUUGUUGCAGUUCUGUUUUGUACUUUUUUGAUUUGAGGAUGAUUUGAUUGUUUUGAUGAGACUGCCUGCCUAGAUUAUAUUUUUAUUAUAACAACGCAUCAUGGUAAAUUGGUAGAUUGCUUCCUCUCUCCUGCAUUCUGUGUAAUAUAAUUUUGGCACAACUUCAAGAUUAACGAAGGAGACAAUUUUAUAACAGUUUUCAAGAUAAUGGUUGAUUACUGUUUGUGCGUUUUCAUUACUACCAUUGUUUUCUUUUUGUGUUGGGUUUAGCACAGCAUAGGGUUAGAAGAUUGGGCCAUUCUUCCUGGUGCCUUAAUUGUAAAUGAAGUGCGUUUUUUUUUUUUUUUUUU